AUGUGUCCCGCCGACGCAGGAACAGCUACACUCGCACCCGAUCUCGUCAUCGAUCUCAUCGUUAUGCGGAAAAAUCCCCGGACGGUCCAAUUUACCAUCGAUCAGAUGUGCAAUUCGAGGUUAUCAAGACUUCAAUCGGCUGGCAAUUACUCUCGACAAAAUGUCACGUCGAGAAGUUUGAGGAUUGCCAUUCCGUCCACUACCAUGAGCAUCGACACUUCGCAGAACCAAUUACAGAUCACUCAAAUUGCAGAACUUGUAGAUGGCUACCUGCAGAGGAUAUUGUAUUCUACAAUGUCAGGGUGA